ACCUUUGGAGCGAUCACUUGAAGUUGUCUUCAUGAAGUACACACAUUCUCAGAAAUGUUUCCUGAUAACUGAAUAUCUAACACAGCUUUAACUCUGCAUUUGCAAGCAUAGACCGCUGUUAUCACAACCCCAAGUCUCAGUGGAAAAAACAACAACUCUUGCUUUCCCAUUUCUUCAACUAGUCGACGUAAUCUGGAUGUGCUGUUGGUGGUAAAGGUCAAAAGUUCAAGACCCCAAGGAAACAUGAGUUCAAGGCUUGAAUAAUUAUUGUGGUCUGGACUCUUCUGCUUCUUAAUGUUACGCAGUGGCAAACCUGAACAUGUAUUUUAUUUCUAAAGAUACAUUUUUUUAUUGCUCCAUAUAAAGCUGUUUUUCUCAAGUUAAAAAGCAGAACAUUUUUCAGAUAGUGCCAUAAUGUUUGCAGUGGGAACCCUGUUUUAAGGCACAUUAUAUAUUUACAAGUCCUUCUAAUAUUUGUUUAAGCAUUAAUGGCACUGAUGGAUCUCCUCUGUAAUCAUUCACCACCCCCUGCGGAGUUUAAGUGCGGGUCGGAGUCAGGACAGACGUGGUGUGACUGGGUGGUAUGAUUCAGUGGCCAGGGUGCCUGUGAGGAAGGUAACUGUGUGCUAUUUGAGGACAAGAGGGUGGAUUUGAACUUUCUCCUGUAUUUACCUAAAAAAAAACGAACGACGUGUGCAGCUCCGUGGAAAAAAAAAAUCCUGUGUUAUUAAUCAUGCGUCAAAAGAAUAUGUUCGAUUUUUGCUCAUUUAAAACUGCUUUCAUGAGGUGCACCUGCAAAAUAACCCCCACUAAAAUAAGCCUCCUCCUUCUGCACUUGAUGUCACUGUAAAUACUUUGAUUUGGAUCAAGAACACAAAAACCUUUGAGAUUCUUUAUCCCAACACAAUAUCGAUAUAUUUCAUUUGUUUAAGCGAUAUGUUAUCACAUGUUUCCUGAUGUGUAAAUCUGGUUGAAAAGUCAAAGUUGCACAAUUUUGGUCCAACUAUUGAGUAACUUGUUUUAUGGGUCAAAGUGUCAUCCUCAUGAACCUGCGAGAACUUAUCUGGUGUUAUCAUUAUCUCUCUGACAGGCCUCGUCUUGCAUAUAUGAUCAUUUCUGUCUUAAUAAUCUAAUGUGCAAAUAAACAUGUAUCAAUAAAACCUACUCCAGCUUCAUAGGAUCUUUCUGUCUUCAUCCUGUUAAAUAUAAUAAUCAUAUCAUUUAUAUGAACAAAGUGGCUGCAGACUGUUUGAGUGUCAGAGGGGACGUCAGUAUGUACUCAUAAAAGUCCCCUAUAGGCUGAAAUCUUCUACCAGGGGGGCUGCAGACGAGCACUUGACUGGAGCUGUCAAGUACAUGCCAAACAGCAGCACAGAGCAGAGCGAGACAAAGCCAUCUUCCUGGAAAGUUUUGAAGCUCUUGACAUGUUGACAGAAGUCAAUAACCUCCAGGGGUGUUAGGGACAGGGUCUUUCUGUAAGCCCUCCUGUAGUUAAAAGGCUAAACAAACAGCUGCAGGUGUGAGUUGUCUCCGGAUGGACUUUAUCUAAACACACUGACACUACACAUCUGUAACCACUGUGGAUCCUCUCCAUGGGACUGUAGGUGUUUUUAAAUUAUCAUCUUUACCAGAGGAUUGGACUUUUACACGUUUAUUUCAAAGCUUAUUCAAACCAGAGAGUGAUCGACGACAGAUGAGUUCUGUGCUCACUUUCUGCCUCUAUACAUAAUGAGUGUCAAAGAAGAUUCAAUGAAAAGCAACGGCGUGGCAGUCAUGAAUGGUAAUCCUGAGAGGGUCCUUACCAAAAACUCCUCAAAGGACUCUUGCAUCCUCAAUGGAAAUGUCCCAUGUGUGGAGCUCAGUGCAGCGUCAGACUCAGAGAGCAAGGAGUCUCAUCCUCCCAGUAACUCUGGAACUCACGAGAAUGGAGCUGCGGAGGAACUUUCAGAUCUGGCUCCAGCUGAUGAGCUAUGGAGCACCAGCAGAGAGAAGGGGGUCAAGCUGAGGCUAGAGGCCUCUGGACCUGGCUCGGAGACUCCCAUCACCAUCCAUCAGAUGUUCAAGAAGACAGUGGAUACGUACGGGGACCAUCCAGCCUACGCUUUCAAAAAAGAGGGUCAAUGGGUGAAGGUGACAUGGAAGCAGUACUAUGGGCAGUGCCGGGCAGCAGCAAAAAGUUUCAUCAAGUUGGGCUUGAAGCGAUACCAUGGUGUGGGGAUUUUGGGUUUCAACUCCCCUGAGUGGUUCAUUGCAGACAUCGCUGGCAUCUUGGCCGGGGGCCUGACAUCUGGAAUUUACACCACCAACUCCCCAGAGGCUUGUCACUACGUGGCUGCCAGCUGUGAGGCCAACAUCCUGGUCGUGGAAAACCAGAAACAGCUCGAUAAAAUCCUGCAGGUUAAAGAUCAACUGCCUCACCUGAAAGCUAUUGUCAUGUAUAACGGCGAGCCACAGCAGAAGGCACCAUUCCUGUAUACAUGGGAAGAGUUUAUGAAGCUGGGAGAGGAUGAGCCAGAUAAGAAACUGGAUGAUAUUAUUAAAAGUCUUAAGCCAAACGAGUGCUGCUCUCUCAUCUAUACCUCUGGAACCACUGGCAACCCUAAAGCAGUCAUGUUGAGCCAUGACAAUCUGACAUGGACAAGCAAUCAAGCAGCUGUCACAUUUAAUAUAAACUACGCUGAAGAAGUAACGAUCAGUUACCUGCCACUCAGCCAUGUGGCCGCCCAGAUAAUUGACAUUUGGCUGGCUAUUAGCUUCGCCACCACUACCUACUUUGCAGACCCAGAUGCCCUCAAAGGCUCCUUAGUAAACACGAUGAAAGAGGCUCGUCCAACUUGUUUCCUUGGGGUUCCUCGUGUGUGGGAGAAGAUGCAGGAGAAGAUGAAAGCUGUGGGGGCCAAAGCAUCCCCGAUGAGGAGGAAUGUGGCAAGUUGGGCCAAAUCCAUAGGCCUGCAGUACAACUACAGCAUAAUGAAUGGGGAGAAUCUGGUGCCGUGGGGAUUCACGUUGGCUAAUGCUCUGGUGUUCAAAAAGGUGCGUGCUGCACUGGGCUUAGACCGCUGCAAACUCUGCCUCACAGGCGCUGCCCCCAUCACUAAAGAUACCUUGGAGUUCUUCCUGAGCCUGAACAUCCCUCUGUUGGAGCUCUACGGCAUGAGUGAAUGCACUGGCCCACAAACCCUCUCCUUGAACCACCAAUACCACAUCACAAGCUGUGGAAAGGCAAUCCCAGGCUGCAAAACGAAACUAGUCAAUCACGAAAUGGAAGAGAGUGGAGAGAUCUGUUUCUGGGGUCGGCACGUCUUCAUGGGCUACCUGAACAUGCCGGACAAAACUGCAGAGGCGCUUGAUGAGGACGGCUGGCUGCACUCUGGAGAUCUUGGGAGACACGACCAGAAAGAAUUCCUCUACAUCACAGGAAGGAUCAAGGAGCUGAUCAUCACGGCGGGUGGAGAGAACAUCCCUCCUGUACCUAUUGAAGACGCACUGAAAGCCGAGGUUCCCAUCAUCAGCAACGCCAUGCUGCUGGGUGACAGGCUCAAGUUCCUCUCCAUGUUGAUCACGCUCAAAUGUGUCCUAAACGAGAACGGUGAGCCCACAGACGAGCUGAGCCCCGAGGCUUUGGACUUCUGCAAGCAGAAUGACGUCAAAGCGACAAAGGUGUCCGAGAUCAUAGCCAAUAAGGAGCCAGCGAUCUACACAGCCAUUCAGGAGGGUAUUGAGCGCGUCAAUGCCAAAGCAACUUCCAACGCCCAGCGGGUCCAGAAGUUUGUCAUACUGGAGCAAGACUUCUCUAUCGUAGGAGGAGAACUUGGACCCACUAUGAAGCUGAGGAGGCCCAUUGUUGUGAAGAUGUACCAGGAGACAAUAGACGAAAUGUAUCCGGAGGCGAAACAAUAAACUGUGCUGCACUUAAGAGAGACGGCUAUCAGGAAGUUGACUGCAGGUUUAUAAACACUCUUUGUUGUCUAGGUGUCAUUUUGAAAAGUGUAUAAAAUCAUUUUUCACCGGGAUGUUAAAAGUGCAAACUAAAAAAAAAAAAUAAUGAUUCUGAUUGUGUUGUAUUAAAUGCUUUGUUUCAAUAUGACACGUUUCUGUUGUCUGUCUCAAAUCGGUAUUUAAGCUGUGAAAUGUUCAUACUCCACCACAGCAGUAAAGCACAUUGGGUAAAUAAAACAACUCAAUCAGAGCCAAUAUCUUGCCACUUUAUUUAAUGUCGUAUACAGGUGAAGUGUCCAGAACACACAGGUUGGAAACACUUGAUUGUGUCAGUUAUUAUUAUUCACAUAAGUACAUUUUUACAGUUUUUAAGGCAAGUUCUGGGAAACAUAGUUUACUGUUGUGGAGUUUUUUAAGGUCAUAAUAAUGUGCAUAUUCUCUGUGAAGCAGCAUUAUGUAUUUAUUUUCCUUUUGACUGCACAACACAAUGUUGUAUUUAAAGGAUUUUACAGCAUUCAUUCCCGAUCUCCAGCCUCAUGUUGUGUACGAAAGACGAUCCUAAACUUAUUAAUAUUCAGACAUUGCCAUUUAAUUAUUGAAUGUAAUGUUUGAAUGAGUGUUUGCUAAUGUAAAGAGAAUACGACCAAAAUGAUCUGAAUAAGUGCAGUACCAAGACUGUGCAACUUGUAAAGCACAACUUAUGCUUCUCCGUGUACAGUUAACAGAAAGAUGCUUAUUAUCCAAUGAGAUGUUCCAUGAUUGACAAUAAAAAGAGUGAUUUGGAUUAAUAAAGAAAUUAUUCAUGUU